AUGAAGUGGAGCUCUGGCAGAGGCGGUUGGCUGGAGGGAGACACGAUGCUGCCAACGCAGCUGCUCGCCUCGCUGCUCGUGGCCUCCAUGCACACGGCCGGGGCGGUCUGUGGCGUGAGGCCUGGGUACAGAUCCGCCGGCAGCCUGCAGUCCCGGAUCGUCGGGGGGACGGACGCCGCAGCAGGAGAGUUCCCGUGGCAGGUGAGCAUCCAGAUGCGCAGGGCCCACUUCUGCGGCGGCUCCAUCCUCAGCAACUGGUGGGUCCUCACGGCUGCCCACUGCUUCAUUAGAAUCAAAUCCGACCUGAACAUCGCAGUCGGUAACACAAACCUGGACAGCCCCAAUAUGGAGAUAAAGAGGCUGGACCGGCUGGUGAUGCACCCCCAAUUCAACAAAGACACGAUGGAUCACGACAUCGCCCUGCUCUUGCUGGAUACCCCCUUCCACUUUGGCAAGGACAAAGGACCCAUCUGCCUGCCGCUACAGCACGAUCCGCUGACCUGGCCAGACUGCUGGGUGGCUGGCUGGGGCCGGACCGAAGAAGGAGAAGAAUACCAAGUGUCCCGCACGCUGCAGAAAGUAGAAAUGAAGGUGAUUCCAUGGGACAAGUGUGCAGCCCGGUUCCCCCUGGUCACCCGCAAUAUGCUGUGCGCCGGCUUCGAGGAAGGAGGCCGGGAUUCCUGCCAGGGAGACAGCGGUGGGGCCCUGGUCUGCAGCUCAAGAGCCGGAGAGAAGUGGUCCCAGCUGGGAAUCGUGAGCUGGGGAGAGGGCUGUGCCCGCCCUGGGAAACCUGGGAUUUACACCUCCGUGUUCAACUACCUCAACUGGAUCAAGGCGGUGACUGCUCAGGAGGGGAAGCCCUUCAUCCCCGAGGGCCAGGCCUACACCCCCAAACCCUCCCCCAGACCCGUCCCCGCCCCCAUCCCAGCGCCCACCCCUGCCCCAGUCCCCGCGCCCACCCCCGCACCAGUCCCCAUACCCGUCCCCGCACCAGUCCCCCUCCCCCGAAUUCGGGAGCACCGCCCCUCCCCUCCAACCCCCUUCCACCUGCUGUCUCCUGCCCUGCCUUCUCCUUCUGCUGGUGGGGUCUCUUCUCUCGGGGGGAUAAACAGCCGCUUCGUCCAUAUCUCCGAGUCCAUCUGGAGCCACAGGUUCAAGAGGCAGGAUGAAGGGGAGCCACUCAGGAGUGACCUGUCCUACAAUGAUGUGGGAAUGGGAACAGGAUCUAGUGGUUCCUGGUUCCUGAAUGAUUCCGGAUACCUGGGGAGGGCAUCUGAGCUAGGCCGGCACUGCCAUACGACCAGCAGAGGGCGCCAGUCCCCAGGAGCGCUGCCCUACCGUCACACGACCAGCAGAGGGAGCCAGUCCCCAGCGGCGCUGCCCUACUGCCAUACGACCAGUAGAGGGAGCCACUCCCCUCCGGCGCUGCCAUACGACCAGCAGAGGGAGCCAGUUCCCUGCGGCGCUGCCCUACUGCCAUACGACCAGCAGAGGGAGCCAGUCCCCUGCGGCGCUGCCCUACUGCCAUACGACCAGCAGAGGGAGCCAGUCUUCUGCGGCGCUGCCCUACUGCCGUACGACCAGCAGAGGAAACCAGUCCCCAGCGGCGCUGCGCUACUGCCAUACGACCAGCAGAGGGAGCCAGUCCCCAGCGGCGCUGCCCUACUGCCAUACGACCAGCAGAGGGGGCCAGUCCCCUGCGGGCCUCUCCCCUUCCUAGUCUCUUGCUACACUCUAAUGGCGCUAAUCAUCUUCUUACCAUUUCAAACCUUCUGA